AUGAAAGCCCCCCACCGUCCUUUGCGCUCCCUCUCCGCUAUCCCCGUGUCCUCGUCUGGCGCGGUUAGACUCGUCAGCGGCACAAGCAAUGCGAGAUCUUCCGUUGCUGCUGCUUCAUCCAGCAACCUCUUGCAGCAGCAGACUUCUCCAUCGCCCAAGAAAGAUUCCGGCUCGCCCUUGUCGAAACUCCCUCUGUCGUCUGUCUUGCGGUCCUUGUUGAUUCUAUCCGUCUCUUCGUCAUCCCUCCUGCUGAAGCCAUGCAUCUACACCCUCUCCAUGCUGGCCCACCCCAAGACGGCCGUGUUGGAUGUCGCAAAGAACCCUUUCCUCAACAUGCUGGUGAAGCACACGCUCUACAAGCAGUUCAACGCCGGUGAAAAUAAGCUGGAGGUUCAACAGUCUAUUCGUGACAUCAAGCAGCUGGGUUACAGAGGUGUUCUCCUUGGAUACGCUCGCGAGGUGCUGGUUGGCGAGAGCAAUGUCGACCCUCGUGACGAGAAGGCUGCCCGCCAGGAGAUCCAGAUGUGGCUGGACGGAACCCUCCAGACUGUGGACAUGGCUCAGGAAGGAGAUUUUGUCGCUCUCAAAUUCACCGGUAUGGGUGUCCAGGCCCUCGAUGUCUUGCAGAAGCAGGGAGCCCCUACUGAAUUCAUGGACGCUUCUAUCCGCAAGGUCUGCGACCUCGCUAUCUCUCGAAACGUGCGCCUGCUGGUCGACGCAGAGGAACAGGCCGUCCAGCCCGGUAUUGAGGAGUGGAUGAUGAAAUACCAGAAAUACUGCAACUCGCAGACACCGGGUCGUUCCAUCUUCUACAACACCUACCAGGCUUAUUUGCGUGCCACCCCGGAGACUAUCGCCAAGCACCUCGAAAUUGCUCGCCAGGAGGGCUACACUCUUGGUGUCAAGUUGGUUCGUGGCGCAUACCUGAAGAUUGAAAAGCGUCAGUUGAUCUGGGCUGAGAAGGAGGAAACGGACGAGUGCUAUGAUGGCGUCGUAGAGGCCCUUCUCACUCGCCGCUACAACUCCAUGCUGAAGUCCGCCAAUGAGAAGCACUCGACCGAGCUGCCUCCGGUGAAUGUCAUCAUUGCCACUCACAACCGUGACUCUGUUCGCAAGGCACACGCUCUUCGUAUCCAGCAGGCCGGCCGUGGAGAGUCCCAUGGUGUCGAUCUGUCUUAUGCCCAGCUCCAGGGUAUGGCUGACGAAGUCAGCUGUGAGCUGCUCGAGGGCUUCCAGAGCGCCGAGGAAACCACUGCCAGCCGGGCUACCGAGAACCCUAACGUGUUCAAGCUUCUGACCUGGGGAACCGUCAAGGAGUGCAUGGGUUUCUUGCAAAGACGUGCCAUCGAGAACACCGAGGCCGUUGGACGUACCAAGCAAUCCCGAGAGGCCAUGUUUGCUGAGCUCCGGCGGAGAGCCCGCAUGGCAUUCCGGGCAAGCAACUAA